AUGAAGAACUCUUCUAUUAUAUUGGUACUAGUUUUCUUUUUCUUCAUUUCUUCUUCAGGAGAAGCAAAAACGUGUUCUGAUGGAUGGACUUGUGUAGGAGAAGACAAAUGCAAAGUAAACUGCAUGGCUAAACACAAAGGAGUUGGAACAUGUACUUUGUAUAUUAUUCCUUCUUUCCCUGCUCCGAUAACUUCUUAUAUUUGCGAUUGCAUGUUUGAUUGCUAA